AUGGCCGCGGACCCGGACCUCGACGUACCCGCGGAGGAGCCCCGCGAACCGCCCCAACCGCAGGUCCCGCCUCAACCCGAGCCGGACCCCGCGGAGGAGGAGAAGAGGAGGCGCGAGGCCGAGUUCGCCCUGCUCAACAAGGAGAUUGACCGCGUCGAGCGGAAGUGCAGGGACUACGAGGCGACGGCGAUGGGGACGAUCGACGAGGCGAUUGCGACGCUGGAGCUGUACAAGAAUAAGGUGAUGGAGUGCGACGAAGACGACGAGGAGGCGCUCGAGAACGUGGUGAAGGAGUUCGAGAAGGUGUGGUCCGAGGCGAACUACCCGUCGAGGGUCGCGCCGGAAGCGAAGCCCGCGAAGGACAUGCUCGCGUGCGUGGGCAAGCUGGGCAAGGCCAUCGAGAAGGUCUGCCCCAAGGAGAAGUCGUGGGAAAACGCGACGUGGGACCUGAAGGAGCACCCGAUCGACAGGGACGCCCUCAAGGAGGUCAUCGUGAACCACUUCUACCGCGUGGGCAGGUUCGACAUUGGGGACUUGUACGCCGAGUCGGAGGGGGGCGAACUCGCAGACGUGGACCCGAACGCGCCGAAGCCCAUACCACCCGAGCGACGCGAGGCGAUGAAGGCGCCGUUCGUGGAGAUGUGGAACGUGACGUGGCAGAUCGAGCGGGAGGGCGACCUCUCGGGGCUGAAGACGUGGCUGGAACGAAACGGCGACGCGCUGGUGAACAAGUACACCGGAGCGCCCCCGAGGGUCGAGUUUCUCCUUCGCAAGCUCGAGUACGUGCGCAUGCUGACGGGACACCACCGAGGGUCGAGCGGGGAGGAACCCGACGGAAAACGAGCCAGGACUGAGGGAAACGGGGCGGGCGUCGGUGAUAGCGGGGACGUGGACGGCGCGGCGGCGGCUGUGGCGUACGGGAAGGAGCACUUUGAAAAGUUCACGCGGCUGAGGGACUCGAAAGAGGCAAACGAGGUUCGCCGGCUCAUGGCCGCGGCGGUGUACGCGCGCGUCGGGCUGGAGAAUUCGCCGUACAGGGACAUCGAGCGGGAGUGCAGGGAGAUCGGCGGGGUCCUGAACCCGUACACGUUCGAUCCAGACUUGCGAAAGAGGAUGGAGGAGACGGCGAAGGGGACGGAGGAGGAUCUGGCGGAUUUCGAGGAGAUUGGAUCGGCGUGGUGGGAGCUCGUCAACGAGUUUCAGAGCUCGCACUGCAUCCUGGCCGGCCAGCCGGGUGAGCCUCCGCUUUUGACAAUAUACAACGUCGGUGUGAUUGCCAUGCCCACGCUCGUCAAGGCGGCGCAGGUGGCGCGCGCGCGCGGGCAGGACUGGAACAAGGUUGAAUGCAUCCCCGCGGAUAUCGACUUGCCGGACAAGUACAUGUUUCGGAGCAUAUUUGUGUGCCCGGUAUCGAAGGAGGAGGCGACGCCGGAAAACCCGCCGAUGAUGCUGACGUGCGGGCACGCGCUUUGCAGGGAGACGACGAAGACGUUGGCCAAACCCGACGGGUCGUUCAAGUGCCCUUACUGCCCGGCGGUGUCCACGGUGGACGGAUGCCUGGAGCUCCACCUCUAG